GGUGUGCAUUUUAUGAGCCACAAAAUGACAGGGCAACUGACUAGUUGCCAACAUCCCAACAUGGCCGCCUCCAUUUCGCGAGUUUUACAAAGAAUUUCGCCGGGAUUUGUGACCCUGCCACUCCUCCAGAAACAGUCAGCAGCUGCCUCUGUAGUGCCGGCAAGAUGGCUAAAUCUUCAGGAGUAUCAGAGCAAGAAAUUGAUGUUGGAUUAUGACGUCACUGUCCAGAGGUUUCAGAUGGCUGACAAUCCUCCGGAUGCCGUCAAAGCGGCCAAAGCUCUCAAUGCUAAGGAGAUUGUUUUAAAAGCUCAGAUCCUAGCAGGAGGGCGGGGCAAAGGUGUAUUCUCCAGCGGCUUAAAGGGAGGAGUUCAUUUGACCAAAAACCCUGAUGAUCUUUUACCCCUGGUAGCUCAGAUGAUUGGCUACAAUCUUGUCACCAAACAGACGACCAAAGAUGGAGUCAAGGUCAAAAAGGUCAUGGUGGCUGAAGCAUUGGACAUUGCCCGUGAGACCUACGUGGCUAUCUUGAUGGAUCGUGACAUGAACGGACCGGUCAUGGUGGGCAGUCCGGAAGGAGGGAUGGACAUUGAGGAGGUGGCGGAGAAAUCACCUGAGCUUAUCUUCAAGGAACCGAUUGAUAUUUUCACCGGGUUUACGGACGAGCAAGCCAUGAGGAUGGCAGGCAAUCUCAACUUCAAAGGGGACCUUCAGAAACAGGCCGCUGAGCAGCUGAAGAACCUUUACAAACUCUUCCUAGGCGUGGAUGCCACGCAGGUUGAGAUCAACCCAUUUGGUGAGACACCAGAUGGCCAAGUGGUAUGCUUCGAUGCCAAGGUCAACUUUGACGACAAUGCGGAGUAUCGGCAAAAGGAAAUCUUCGCCAUGGAUGACAAAUCGGAGGGCGAUCCGCGGGAGGUUGAAGCAUCCAAACACAACCUGAACUACAUCGGCAUGGAUGGAAACAUUGGCUGCUUAGUUAAUGGCGCAGGUCUCGCCAUGGCAACCAUGGACAUCAUCAAGUUCCACGGUGGGGAACCGGCCAACUUUCUGGAUCUCGGCGGAGGGGUCCAAGAAAAACAAGUCUUUGAGGCAUUCAAGCUCUUGAAUUCUGAAGAAAAAGUCAAAGCCAUCUUAGUCAACAUUUUUGGAGGCAUCGUAGACUGUUCCAUUAUAGCAAAGGGGAUCACCUCGGCAUGUAAAGGAAUGGACCUCAGAAUUCCCGUAGUUGUACGCUUAGCUGGUUACAACGUGGUACAAGCUUUGAAGAUCAUCUCAGACAGCGGUCUGCCCAUCCAGACGGCCACGGACUUUGAAGACGCUGCCGUCAAAGUCGUUGGUAGUCUACAGUCAUAACUCUAGCGACAGUCUUGCCACUCGUUAUGCAAGCGAACACCCAUCAAACAGAUCAGUGUAUUCUUGGUUGUAGCGGCAAAAAGUGGCCAGAACUGGAUACUCAUUGGCCACAUUUUAACCCUUUGUUCUCAGCAACGGAUGAAAAUUGAAAACUGUGAUCAUACAGAUCACAAGUUAAUUCACAGGUAAUAGGAAUAUGAAUGAUAGCAAAAAAAAACAAGAAAUAAGGCCUUUUGGCUUGAUGUGAGAUUGGAGACUUUAAAGGACUUUACUCAACUCUGGCUAAUAUUAAAUUAUGGAGUCAAAUCUAUUUUUACUACAUAUAUUACCAGUCAGAUAAACCCAUUUCCAGUUUUAAGGGAAGAGUAGAUCAUUUGCAGCUAUCCAAAAAGUAACCGACCAAAUUAUUGUGAUAAAAGCUUACAUGGUUUAAAGAUGCAUGUAGUAAUGACACUAAACUCCCUGUGAAAUUAUUCCUUCUGGCAUGCUAUCGUUUUGAAGAAAACAAAGAAGGUAAUUUCCAAAGAUGAGUCAAGCGACGUAGUUUUUUUCCGUUAGUAGUUGGUUUGUAAUUGGGCGGUUGCUAUUGUUCGUCAGCUCAGUACGUGAGAUCGCGUAGCUGCAAUCAGCUGAAUGAGAGAGUGAUCCGGAUGCUGAUUUAGGGCGCAAUUCAAAACAUGACCCAGCAACUUUUGAAUUGAAAUCGAGAGAUCCUAGAACAUUGUUUUCUCGGAAUAUACAGCAUUCACAGGGCUAAUUAAAACUUCAAGUUAGUUGUUCAGCACCCGUCUUUUGAGCAUUUUUGUUGCUUCAAACGAAACAAAUGGACAAAUGACAAAUGAUCUACUCUACUUUUAAGGGUGUAAUGUGAUGUAUUUUUGUGUUAAUAUUAGCUGUUGGGAAAGUUUACUUUGAAGAGUGAAAAAUCUCUCUUGGAAGUAUUUUGAAAUUUUCAAUUAUGUGGUGUAUGUGUGAUUACGUUUUACCCUGGUUUAGUUUGGUUGUCAUUAUUUUUUUCCUUUUAGAAAAUGUAUUUUGAUAGUUGCGUGAUUAUUAAUUCCUGUUGACAAGAUUUGAAAUUGUUAAUAUAAUAGAUAAGGCAAAAUAUUACAACUGAUAAAUAAAAUGAAUUGAUCAAUAUUUUAAAAUGA